AUGGGCCUUUAAGCUAAUACUAGACCUAACCUCACUCAAGCUUAAACCUAAUCCUAAGUUGAUCCCUUUCAUGGUAUGGCCUGCAUGCUACGUCAGAUGCGGAAGCAGAAUUCCUCUACAGCUAGCCAAUGUUGAACAAGUAGCCCUAGUUGGACUAAACCGGAGACUCAAAUGCAAUGUGGAUGCUGCGAUUUUUGAAGAAGCAAGCAAAUUAGGGAAAGCCAGAGAGAUGGAAACUGUGUCAGUGAAUGGUGAGGAAGAUAUUGGAAAGGUUCCACAACAAGAAGCUAAAGAGCUUGAUGCUGGUGCUCUUUUCAUUCUCAAAUCCAAAGGAUCGUGGCUUCACUGUGGAUACCACUUGACAACAUCAAUAGUUGCUCCAGCUCUUCUAAGCCUCCCAUAUGCUUUCACAUUUCUGGGUUGGGGAGCUGGAAUUUCAUGUCUUGUUAUCGGAGCUUUGGUCACUUUCUAUUCCUAUAACUUACUGUCUUUGGUUCUUGAACAUCAUGCUCUUAUGGGUCAUCGCCAACUUCGCUUUAGAGACAUGGCUAUUCAAAUCUUAGGACCAAGGUGGGCCAAGUAUUAUGUGGGUCCAAUUCAGUUCAUGGUGUGUUAUGGUGCUGUUGUUGCUUGUACACUUCUUGGAGGCCAAUGCAUGAAGGCAAUUUACUUGCUAUCAAAUCCAAAUGGGAGCAUAAAGCUUUAUGAGUUUGUGAUAAUAUUUGGAUGCUUAAUGUUGAUAUUAGCUCAAAUCCCAUCUUUUCACUCUCUAAGACACAUCAAUUUGAUAUCCUUGCUUCUAUGCCUAGCUUAUAGUGCCUGUGCCACUGCUGGUUCUGUUCAUAUUGGAAAUUCAUCAAAGGAACCAAAGGACUAUUCUCUAAAAGGAGACACUCAAGACCGUGUUUUUGGAUUCUGUAAUGCAAUUGCUAUCAUCGCGACAACAUAUGGCAAUGGGAUCAUUCCAGAAAUUCAGGCAACCAUAGCAGCACCAGUGAAAGGGAAGAUGUUGAAGGGACUUGUUAUAUGUUACAGUGUAGUGACAGUGACAUUCUUUAGUGUAGCCAUUUCUGGAUAUUGGGCAUUUGGAAACAAAGCUGAAGGUCUCAUCCUUAGCAACUUUGUAACAAGUGGAAAGCCUUUGGUCCCUAAAUGGUUCGUUUUGAUGACCAACACCUUCACUAUUCUCCAAUUAUCUGCUGUUGCUGUGGUUUACUUGCAGCCAACAAAUGAGGUGUUGGAAAGAACAUUUGCAGACGCAAGGAGCAAAGAAUUUUCGACGCGUAACGUUGUACCAAGAAUAGUGUCAAGAUCGUUGUCUGUGAUCAUAUCAACUACAAUAGCAGCAAUGCUUCCAUUUUUUGGAGACAUAAAUUCUUUGAUUGGAGCAUUUGGUUUCAUGCCUCUUGAUUUUAUCUUGCCCGUUGUUUUCUUCAACUUGACGUUUAAGCCCUCCAAGAAGAGCCUUAUUUUCUGGUUGAAUACUACCAUUGCAGUUGUUUUCUCUGCUUUAGGAGUUAUUGCAGCAAUUGCAGCAGUUAGACAAAUGACUCUCGACGCUAAAACUUAUCGCUUAUUUGCUAAUGUUUGACAUUUUAGUAUAUUCAACUUUAUAAUUUUUUUUCCUGGAUUAUGUGUAAACAAAAUUAAUUAUAUAAUUGUGUUAGCACUCCACCAAGAAGGUCUUCAAGGACUCAUGUGAUGAAUAAGAAGUUUGAGGACUGAGUUGCUACUGCAAAACUAUCUUUUUACUGCUGCAAUUGUUUUUAAUUAAUUAUUUUAUGAAUCAGUUUCAUGUUGAAUAAAUCA